CAAGUAUCCUUGGCACAUUCCCCUUUGACAUUAUUUAUUAGGCCACCCAUGUCACCGCCAAUUCCUCUGGACAUCAACUGGUUCAUCGCUGAACCCAUCAAUGAACCGACACCCUCUGUUAUCUUUGAUCGACAUUGCUUUAAAACAACCAUCGUCUCACCAAUAUUGUUCUCUCGACAACUCUUAAAGAAACCCCUGUGCUUUAAAAUUGGGUAUAUCUUGGUUCGAAAAAAGAGAAAAAAGAUUAGACCGCGCGAACCAAGGAGGAAGGAGGAAAAAAAUCAAAGGAUGAUCUUUUCGGGGGUUACGGUCUUAACCCCCACAUUUGAUCUCAGAGAGAGAGAGAGGAAUGUUUGUCGACAGGAAUUAAUUAAAGAUGUUGAAGGAAACUCACGCUAUGGCCACGCGCGAAUGAAUGCGAGGGAGGCGACAUUGGUCGUUCAAUGGGGAAUGGUGCGAGGAUUCGGACAGAGAAAUUAA